AUGGGGGAUCCAGUUUUCGCCUCAUGUAACAAUCCCGAUCACUCGUGUUUGAUUCAGACCAUCGCAGGUCAGUCGAGGCUAAUCAUCGACUUGUUCGCGAAAAUCCAAGAUCUUGAGAAAAAACUUGAGACUGCGCGAGAUACGAUACGUAGCCCUGCCGUGCCCCCCUACCCAAGUAUCCAAGGAGCUGGCGUUGCGCCUCCGAGAAGAAACCAUACAGAUGAAUACAACCGGCCAUCAUCUACGCCAGUUGGAAGUACUGCACAACCCACCUAUGAAGACAACAAAGCCCAGACGCAAGGUCAAGUUUGCAAAUAUGGGUCGAGAUGUACACGUGAACAAUGCUGGUAUAAUCACCCGGAUCCAACUCCCGCAGGGACUUCGACCCCAGGCUCUUUGAAUCCAACUCAAGCUCAACCCGACGAACGCCCAACAAAGCGCAACAAAGAGUGCAAAUUCGGAGUUGACUGUACACGAGUGCUGGUUCGAGCACCCACCUGGCUGGUCACCUCCCGACUAUGCGGAUCGAGAUUCGCAGCCGCAAAAGAGCCCGACGCCGAGACUCAAGCCACCGAUGCAUCUAACUGGGCAAACAACCAGGACCCGAGUGGUUGGGAUACCCAACCUACACAUGAUUGGGGUACUCCAGCCGAUAACACCUGGGGUACGCCUGACAUGGGGCGGAGAAAUCCAUCUGAAUCCAACUGGAGUUCUCACCCGAGUGAUCGACCCAAGUCUUCUGUCAACAAUUUUAGGUCAACGCCAACUAGCACAUCUCGCGAAGGGUCGGUUUCCACUUCCACUACCAAUAAAUCUCAAGGCCAGAAGCGCAAGGCACGAGGAAAUGGCCACAGAACUGACUCUGCAAGUGUCACAACCAGAUCUACCCCUAUGUCCCCACGUUCUCUAGCCCCUACUCCAAUGUCAACACACGUCGAGUCUGUCCCCCUCCAGUCGUUAUUGUCCCCUUCAACUCAGCCCAAAGACCCUCUCUUGCACAAUGGAUCCAAUGCCAAUGAUGAAACAAAUACACCUCUGGAGCAGUCAGACCCUUUGCCAGCAUCUGAGCCAGAAGCUCCUGGGACUCCUAAAGCUUCAUGGGCCGACGAGCCCAAUAUUGACGUAGUCUACUACCCCGACCCGCCUCUUAAUCUUGACGAAAAUCAACAAACUAUUCCUGAAGAUAAGAACACAGAUAUUCGUGGAGACCAGCCCAUCGAAUCGUUUGAUUUGGAUCAAUUUGCCCCAAGUGAUUUAUACUCUUCUUGGGGGGUCACCGCACCUUCUGCCUCCGACUGGGGCAUGGAUCCAAACGAAUAUCCUGACCCAACCCCACCGAACAAGAAAUCGAAGUCUAAAGGCAAGCAGAAGGACAGUUCUCAAGGUAGCAAUGCCAGCCGUUCCACGAAUGGUUCGUCAAAAUCCGCGGCGCAAUCCGAAACUAGACUGUCAUCGACGAACAAAUCCAACGAAGCUGAGCGAACCCCACAGCCCACUCCUGUUGAACCCCCGCAAGGGGUUCCUCAAGAUGAGAUUCCCGACUGGCUGCUUGGAGUCGAUGAAGAUGCACACGCCACGUUAGGUAUCCCUCGUGUGCCAUCCCCCAAUCCGGAGGUUGCUUCAGCCCCUCCUCGACUAGCUCCCACCAACCCUCCCCCUCGUCCACCGCUUAGCAAGUUAGCGGGAGAGAACUUCCCCGUACUGAACGGCUUCGUACCCCCUCCUCGACCACUAACCAAGGACGAUACACCAUCCCAACCGACCUUCACUCCUAGACCCGUCGGAUGGAAAAUUACUCGUACGUCGGACGCGUCUUCUUCCAGAUCUGGAAAAUCUGGCAAAGGAAAGAAUGGCUCGGACAAGAAAUAG